AUGGGUUCAAUGCUGAGGGGGUUAGGGUGCUUGUGCUUGUGCUUGGUGGCUGCUCCCUUUGGCCAAGGCGCCUUUGAAGGGGAUUACCACCAAGCACUCACCAAGACUUUGUUGUAUUUUGAGGCCCAAAGAUCUGGUAAAUUGCCAGCCACACAAAGGGUUCAGUGGAGAGGGGACUCUGCACUCACUGAUGGAAAUGGUACUGGGCUCGAUCUCACCAAAGGUUACUUCGACUCAGGCGACAAUGUGAAAUUUGGGUUCCCCAUGGCCUUCACCAUCACCAUGCUCAGUUGGAGCGUGGUCGAAUUUGCAGAUGAGUUGAAAGCUGCCAACGAAUUCUGGAAUGCCUUAGACGCCAUACGGUGGGGCACAGACUACUUGUUGGAGGCCCACUCAGAUGUCAACUUCUUGUACGCUCAAGUGGGCGACGGGAACUCCGACCAUCAGUGCUGGGAGCGACCAGAGGACAUGGACACACCCAGGACUACCUACUUCAUUGAUCAGGAUCACCCUGGUUCCGACCUUGCAGGAGAGACUGCAGCUGCUUUAGCUGCAGCUGCAAUGGCUUUCAAAGAUAGUGACAAAGAUUAUGCCUCUCUUCUACUGACUGAGGCUACACAGUUGUUUCAAUUUGCUACUACUUACAAAGGGAAGUAUUCCGACAGCAUUCCUCAAGUGCAGAACUUCUACGGGAGUGAUGGAUACGACGAUGAGUUGCAAUGGGCAGCUAUUUGGCUAUGGGAAGCCACUCAAGAUCAAAAAUAUUUAGAUACGCUGAAUACGUGGAAUAACCCAGGGCCCGUUGGGCCAUUCCUCAAUUGGGGACAAAAGUUUGUUGGCGUUCAAGCUCUCGUGGGAAAGAAAAUUUCAGGCGGCCAUCUCCUUCGCUUCGAUCCAUGGGAUAACACGCAAUACAUUGCCACCACCUCCUUCCUUCUUGCCGCUUAUGCCAAAUGGAUGGUCCUCAACAAUCAGAAGCUCAAUUGUGACGCUGGAACCGUUGAUGCCCCCCAUGUUCUAGACUUUGCUAAAAAUCAGAUAGACUAUAUUCUUGGUAAUAAUCCUAAAUCAAUCAGCUACAUGGUUGGUUAUGGGAGUACGUACCCCACCGAGGUCCACCAUAGGGCAGCUUCAAUUGUGUCCAUAAAGAAGGACCGGACACCAGUGACCUGUAAGGGUGGGUUCGUCACAUGGUUCAAUAGCAAUAAUCCCAACCCCAAUGUUCUCGAGGGAGCAAUUGUUGGAGGGCCUGACGAAAAUGAUCAAUACACAGAUGCCAGGGGUAACUACAAUCAGGCAGAGCCUGCAACCUACAACAGUGCACCUCUUGUUGGUGUUUUUGCUAAGUUAGCGUCAACAAAGUGUUAUGAUCCAAAAACUAAGAAACUUCGUGUUUCUCAACAUGUGGUGUUUUUUGAGCACAUUCCUUUUCAUUCAACUCCAUCUUUUGUUGAUUCUUCUUCUACCUCUUUUCUUAUUCCUUUUUUUGAUGAGUGUUCUUCAAUGUCUCCAUCAUCACCACCCAGAGAUGGUCCAAUGGUAGAACACUCAACUACUGCUAUUGAACCAAAUCAUGCACCUGCACCUGCUGCUCCUAUGCAAAUGCAUUCAGUUCGUUGUAGUACUCAUAAUUGGCCUUCUCUUGAUAAAAUGCAUGCUUGGGACCUUGUUCCUCUUCCCUAUAGUAAGAAUGCCAUUGGUUGUCGAUGGGUUUAUAAGAUCAAAACGAAAGCUAAUGGUGGCAUUGAGCAUUAUAAAUGGCCUCUGUAUCAACUUGAUGUCAAGAAUGCAUUUCUUAAUGGUGAUCUUGUAGAGGAAGUUUAUAUAAAGCUACCCCCUGGGUUUGAUUUAUUUGACUAUGUCUCGGCCAGACAUUGCUUAUGCUGUUCAUUUAGGCCGGACACUCUUGAUCAUGCUAUGUUAUUUUCCUCGACUUCUUCGCUUGAGCUUCGUGCUUACACUGAUUCUGAUUUUGCGGGGUCCAUUUCAGAUCAGAAGUCUACUACAGGCUUUUGUAUUUUUCUUGGAGACUCCCUUCUUUCUUGGAAGACCAAGAAGCAACAACGUAUUGCUCAAUCAACAACUGAAGCUGAGUAUUGUGCCAUGGCUCAAACAACCGCUGAGGUUGUUUAG